ACCGCGGUGCAUUUGCGCCCAGUGGGCAACGGGGCAUGUGCUCUGCGUCUCUGCUGCUCGCGACCUAUCGCUCUCGCAGCUUCCCCUCCACUGCCACACGCCGCGCUCUUCUCCCUCCCACUCCCCCUCCGCUUCCUCCCGGCCCCCGGGCAGAUGAGACCUUGCGCGCUACGCUGAGAAGAUUUCAUCUUUGGGGAUCCAGGUGGGGAGCGCCUCGCCCUCGUCGGGGAGGGAGGCGGAGAUGAGACGGGCGCGGCAGCCGGAGCCGCUGGAUUUCUUCAUCUGGACCGUCGAGGAUGUGGGGCUAUGGUUGGAAGAGAUAAACCUUGGUGGUUAUUGCCAAGCAUUUGAAGAAAACGGUGUCAACGGAGAGUAUUUAGAGAGCCUUUCCACGUUUACUACAGAGCAGAUUCUGCGGUUUAUCAGGCGGUGCCAUAUGAAAUGGGGAGAUUUUAUAUCGCUCUGUAAAGAGCUGAGGCGCAUCAAAGUUGCCUGCCUGAAAGGGGAGCAGGAGGUUCGCAGGCCGUGGUGGGCGCCACCGUGCCUGUCAGUCGUCUUCGUGAGGGUGGCCAAGCGGAACCGGCAGUCCCGGGUCGUCUCCCUGAAGCUCGAACAACCUUAGCGGCUUCACUGCCACCUGAGCUGGACUUCUGCUAGAAGGCGCGGCGAGCUGUAAUGUAUACUCUUCAGUGGGUUCGGCUGGAGAAGAAGCAGGGCGCUGUGUGUGCAAAGUGUAAACCUGUGAGGUGUUGUAAUUUGUUGAUUUGUUUUCCAUAUGUAGGAUUUUAGACAGCAAGGACAUACAUAUACAUGUACUACGAAUAUGGUUCUUUUCAGUGAAGAAUAUUCUCUUCUCUUGGUCAAUCA